AUGCCGGGUCUCAGAGGUGCACAGCCCUUUCCAACCUCUUCCUCCUAUAGCAGCUUGACAGAUGAGAACAUGCUGCCCCUGACAUCCCGGCAGCUGGCAGCCUUCCAGGAUCUCUUUAAACUGUUCAGCUCCAGCCCAGCAGGUGCUGUGGACAUGCGCAGUAUGAAAGUUGCCUUGCGCAAUGUGGGUAUUCAGCUGAGUCCACAGGAGAUGUGUGAAGCUCUACAGCGGGCAGACUUGGAUGGUGAUGGAAUUGUGAGCUUCAAAGACUUCCUGGGUGUGCUUACUGACAACCAGCUCUUGGCUCAGUGCAUGGGCCAGGUGAGGAACAGCUGCGUCGGUGACCCCCAGGGCCUGCAGACCCUGUUCUUAGAGAUGCUGUUCAAGCUGCUGCGCCAAGGCUUUGUGCCCUCCAAGUCAGUGCAGGAGUUGACGAGUUACUACUUCAAGAAGCAGCAGGCUUUGCGGUUGGGCCCAGACUGGAGGGGCCGGUCCCGCGGCCAUGGCCACUCUGCGCGUGCCCACGCGGGCCUCACCUUCUUCUGCCAGGCCGCACGCGUCGGUGGCCUCUCCAGCUCCCAGCUGUCGCGCUCGCUGCACAGGCUGAACAAAGCGGAUGUGCGCAGCCCCUAUUCUCAGAUACCGAACCUGGAAGGACGGACACCAUCAGAACGCAGGACGCGGGGCAGAGCCCCAGGCCCCGACGUCCGGCUCCCCAAGCCAGGCGAGCCCAAGCGCCCGCCCAGCGUGGGGCGGACCAACCAAGGCCGCCUGAAGUGGAGCCUUCCCGCAGGGUUCGCUGGCCGGCCGUCAGAGCACGUGCGCCGCUGGAAGCAGGCUCCUUCCCCCACAACUCUAGUGCAGAAGCAUCCCUUCUCCCCUUCGCCAGCCUGUUCGCAGAGACCUGCUAUGAAGAGCUGGCACAAGUAA